UCGAACACUACAAAUCUGGGAAGCAUCUAGCUUACUCCUGAUCAUCCUCCGACCCCCUUGGAAAGCAUCAAAGAUCAAACAGCUACAAGUCAAUAUAUAACGUAGUAAUUAGCAAGCAUCAAAAUCCAACCUUCUUAAUUCCUCGUCCAUGUCGAUUAUGGGUAUCCAAGGCCAGCUUCUUGAAGUCACUGUCGUUGCCUGCCACAAAUUGAAGGAUACCGAGUGGAUUUCAAAGCAGGACCCGUACGUGUGCCUCGAAUAUGGUAGCACCAAGUUCAGCACCAAAACAUGCACUGAUGGGCAUACGGAUCCGGUAUUUCAGGAGAAGUUUUCAUUUCUGUUAAUCGAAGGUCUUAGAGAGUUAACCUGCGAAGUUUGGAACAGCAAUACCAUUAAACGCAACACUUUCAUCGGCAGCGGAAAAGCUCUAUUGCAAAGCGUUCUUUCUAGUGGCUACGACGACUCCGUCUGGCCGCUUCAAGAUAAAAAUGGCAGAUGUGUAGGACAAGUGCGGCUAAUAUUACAUUAUGAGAAUAAUGUCCCGAAACCUGCAACAAGCUGCUUUGCUCGUCCGUCGCCAUCGUCAUUCGGACCAUAUGUAACUCAACCAUUAUUCCAAUACCCUCAUUGGUGCUCUUCAACAACAGCUGCCAAUCCUUACCCAACUCCUGCACCGGCAGCUCCUUGCGCACCACCGGCGCGUCCCUACCCAGCUCCAUCUGAUCCUUACUCUUUAUACCCACCUCCACCACCAUCAGCGGUCUAUCCUCCCCCACCGAUAUACCCACAAAAUUCAGCUUAUCCUCCAUCUCUAUAUCCACCCCCUCCGCAAUCUUCACACAGUUUUUAUCCUCCAGGUCCAUAUCAAGGUACGUACCCUCCGCCGCCAUAUUGAGAGACAACCUAUAAAGCUUCUGCUCACGGAAACGAAAGAAGUUCCCUGCCUGCGUAUAUUCAUUUGUUUUUAUUGUAUUCUCAAUGGGUUAUGUAAAAUAUAUGUUUUCUUCUAAAAUUUCAAAAUAUUUGUGCAAAAUGAAUGUAGACUGAAUUAUGUAUCAUUGCAAUUGACCAGUUUCAUAUAAUAUCAGUAAUUCAUCAAAAGUGUUAAUUUA